AUGUGGCAACAUUUUAAAGCACCCCUGUCUCGGUAGUAGUUCCGUCCGUGAUGACCUCGAGGUUAAAAGAAAAUGGCGGAAGAAAGCACGAUGGACGACAGAGGUCUGGACGCAACUGCUUCAGUUGAACAUCCAGCAAGUGUUGGAGGAAGCUCACCAGAAAAUGUGGAAGCAGUGCCCACACCACCGGCCGUCCAGCACGCACAGCCAGAAGUCAGGUACAACUGGAAGGACAUCACACAGGACUUCCUCACCUCUUGUGAAGAGCUUGAGCUAGGGGAGCUGAUGCAUGAUGCCAAUUUUGGGCUGUUUGAGGCCAUGUCUGCUAUAGAGAUGAUGGACCCAAAGAUGGAUGCAGGGAUGCUGGGAAACAGGGGGGACCGGGAGGUCCUCAACUUCCAACAGGCAAUACAGAAAGGAACAGUGAAACUCAAAGACCUGACAGCACCAGAGCUCAUUGGUAUCAUUGACACAAUGCUAUCCAGCAUGGUGACGUGGCUAGAAGGCCACUCCCUGGCCCAGACAGUGUUCACCUGUCUGUACCUGCACGACCCAGAGGUGAUAGAGGACAGGUGCAUGCGGGCCGUCGCUCUGGGGGUCCUCAAGCUGGUGGACCUCAUCAAGAACAAUGUCAACAGAGCCAGUGUCUUUGAAGAGGAAGACUUCCAGACUAUGACAUAUGGUUUCAAGUUGGCUGGCAAUGUCACAGAUGUUAGAGUUACUGGCAUGUUACGUGAGGUUGAAGAUGAGAUAAAUAGAAAAGUAAAGAGUACCAGGUGCAAACAGGGAGAGGAGAGAGAUCCCCAGACUGAACUGGAGCAUGAACAAAAUGUGGCACUCCAGUCAAGGAUGAAGUUCUGUCGCCUCCUGCUCACAGCACUCAUAGCUUUCAACAAACCACAGUGUAGUGGUGUGACUGAUGGUAAGAGACUGCUGAUACAGGCAGGUGAACUGUUGGAGGUGAUGAAGAAAACUGUCCACCAUGGAGCCCACCCAGAUGAGACAGCUACACCAGAUUUUCCCAUAAUCAUGGGAUUUGAGCCACUAGUCAACCAGCGCCUUCUCCCUCCCACCUUCCCACGCUACACCAAGAUAAUUGGCAGGGAAGCUGCCAUGGAAUACUUCCAGGGUUUGUUGAACAGACUGGGUCAAGUUUGUGAGGUUGUGAACAUCAGCUCCAUACACACAGUACUAGACUUCUUCAUAGAGUUCAGCAAGGCCUCUCCAUGUGUGCUGUCUAGAUCUUUACUGCAGGUUCUAGCUGUGUCUACAGACAGAAAGGUGUUUGGUACUCUCCCAUUCAGGGAGGCCUUGCGAGAGGCUGUGAGAGCCUUUAACUACCCACCAGCACUUAUUCCCAGGUCCUAUGUGUUUAACAAUCCUCAAGCCAAGGAAUAUGUUGAUGCUUUCUUAAGCAGAGCGGUUAGGCCCUUCAGUAACUUGUUGCAGAUCCAUGGGCACAACCGAGCCAGACAGAGGGACAAACUGGGGCACAUACUAGAGGACCUGUCCAGUCUGCAGGAUGAGGCAGACAAAGUUGAUGCUGCCCUGCACUCCAUGAUGAUUAAAGUGGACCCCCAGAGGCAGCACCUGGCCUGUUUUGGUACCUGGGUCCUGUACCACAUCCUGCGCAUCAUGAUCCAGUACCUACUGUCUGGUCUGGAGCUGGAGCUGUACAGCACACACGAGUAUCAGUACGUCUUUUGGUAUCUGUAUGAGUUUCUGUAUGGCUGGCUGCUGUCCACCCUGUCAAGAGCAGAGGCAAUGUACCAGGAACAUGAUGCAUACAUGGAACAACAGAAGGGAGGCAGCAAGAAGAAGAGCAAGAAGAAAAAGAAAGGCCGACCACCAAGCAAGGAAAUUGUACUUGGCCAAGCUGAACAGAGCUUAUGUGGAGGUUAUUACAAGGCCAUACAGGGAUUCUACCUUGACGAGCGUUUGAAGAAGCCAGUGUUUGAGUUUGAUAAUGAACAGGUUCGGUACGAACAUCGUUUCGCUCCAUUCGCCAGCAUUGUCACACCCCCACUGGUGCCAUACUCACAGUUCCAGGAUAUGGUAGCUCUGGAGAAAUUCUCCCCUCCACUCCAACCUGCAGACUUCUAUGUCCAGGCCUGUAAAUGUUUCCAGCAAGCCAAGAACAUCUACGAAAGUUUCCCCAACCAAACCAAGGAGGUACAAACGCUCUGUAAAGUUGCCAAGACCAACUUCGUAGUCGUCAAGCUUCUGCUGGGAGGUCACAAAAGAGAAUCUAAGUCACCACCUGAGUGGGAUUUCACAGAACACAACACUUUCCCCAUCAUAAGACUGACCUGAGGCUUGUCCUGACAUCUGGGGUCUGCUGAAACUUUCAAUCAUCAGCCUUGGGAAAUGCUGGCUAGACACCAACAUACUUUGCUCAGCAGGGUAUAGGAUAUGUGACAGAUACAGUGUACUUGCCAUUAACCCCCAAAACUUGUCGAUACUCAGAGAAAGACUGCAGUGUUCAUUUAGGUUGUCAUGUUAGCACAUCAGUCUAUCAACAUCAUGUUGAGCUGAAGCUGGGGGAUCUGAUAGCUAAGUGAAGACAUAAACUCCUGUUGUAUGUCAGAGUUCACACUGUUGUAACAACAAUGUACAUGUAUGACCAAUGAUCCAAAUAAAAAGAUGUUGAUAUA